GGCAGUGCGCGGUAACCGAGCGGCGGCGGCGGCGACGGGCGAUGAGGCGGCGAGUCUUUCAGGCAAGUUACAUUCCCCCCCCUGUGCUUCCUGCUGCUCCCUGGAUUAGACCCUUUCUGUGGGAGGUGAGAGCUCUGGCAGUUCCCUGGAGCAGCGCAGGAUGGAUCCCGUGGUUCUCAGCUAUGUGGACAGCCUGCUGAGGCAGUCAGACGUGGCCCUGCUGGAGCCCCCGAACUGGCUCAACGACCGCAUCAUCAGCUUCACCUUCGAGUACUUCGCCAACCAGCAGUUCCAGGAGUUCAGCCACCGUGUUUGUUUCAUCAGCCCUGAGGUGGCUCAGUUCAUCAAGUGUGCCCUUAGUCAGGAAGAAAUAGCCAUAUUCCUCCAGCCGCUGGACCUUCUCCACAAGGAGCUGCUGUUCCUGCCUAUCAAUGACAACUCCAGCCAGGCUGCUGGGGGCACCCACUGGAGCUUACUGGUUUAUUUCAGGGACAAGAAGUGCUUCACCCAUUACGAUUCCCACAGUAAAUGCAACUCUGUCCACGCCAAGCAAGUGGCAGGGAAACUGGAGGCCUUUCUGGGAAGAAGAGGGGGCAAAGCCACCUUUGUGGAGGAGAAGGCGCCGGCACAACAGAACAGCUACGACUGUGGGAUGUAUGUGAUCUGCAAUGCUGAGGCUCUGUGCCACGGGUACUUCCAGGGCCGGAUGGAGCCUCUGCUGCAGCUCCUCACCCCCUCCUACAUCACGCAGAAGAGGUCAGAAUGGAAAGCUCUCAUCACGAAACUGGCACAGAAGUGAUGGGGAUGCACCUCUAGCCCCCCAAAAACUGCCUUCCCAGUUCAAGAGGCAGCACCCCCAGUGCCUGAGGGAGAUGCCCAUGCGCAGGAUUGUCCCAAAGAAACAGAAUGUAACCCCUCUAGCAUGGCUACACCCCCCAAACACCCCAUACCCCCCAGGAAAAGCCUUAUUCUCCUCUCAAAAUCACCGGCCUUUCAACUUCUAAUGUCAAGAGUCACUUUGCUUUCAAAGAAACCCUCUCCAUGGUAAAUUUUUACAGUAAUUGCUGCGGCAAAGCAAGUUGCUAAAGAGACUUCUCCACCUGUGCCCAGCACACCCUCAUUAAGUGGCUUUUGCUGGCUCCAGGCAUUGUCCUUCCAAGCCAGGUUUAGCAAAUGCUCUUUAAACCCAAGCCCCCGAGUGCUUUAUCGUGGAUAGUUCUAGUUUGUGCCUCCUGCUAAUGGUAUUGGAGCAAUGUGGGAUUUAGUAGCCAGGAUUUUAUACCCUUGAAAACCUGACAUUGAGAUGUCACUGCAAAAAGAUGAGACUGCAAAGGAAAUGCUACAAUUAAUUUAAGAACAGGGCAAAAUCAAAGUCAGUUUUUGUAAGCCAGGUGCUCCUCGGCCACACAGCGAUGGCUUCUUUUUGGUCUCCCACCCCUGCUUGUUCUUACUGCAAAUUAAAACCCGACUCUGAACUGAUGGAAGAUUAAUAGGAAGUUGAGAAAGCCAAUCCUAGGAAAAGAAACUUAAUUGAGAUGAAAAGCAACACUCGCUCUUUGAAGUUUGGGGUUUUUCAUUAGGAUUUUAGGUCAUCUCUGUGCGGGUAGGGUUUGUCAGUGCUCCCCAACCCUUGUUAGCGGUUGCUGCUCAUAACACAAAACCAGUUCUGUUACUUGAGAGAAAAAAAAAAAAAAACACACCAGGGAGAACAAAAGGACAGAGUUUGAGGUAUAAAAGCCAAAGAUAACUGCAGGCUCCUUGAAGUACUUAAUGCACUUCAGAAAACUGAAACACUUCUCUUCCUGUGCUGGAUGAUGGCUGGGAUGCCGGAGUGGAUCCUCUCCUUAAAGACAGGCUUAGCAGUGUGGAAAAUAAAAAUUAAACUGAGAUGUCAUUGCAGGAUAAGGAAUAAUCUCUCACCUGGUGAGAAGCAAAGAGCAGGUUGUUCAGGUGGUGUCUAGCAGAGCAACCACACCCCUACCUGAGAAGGGAAAUCCGGGUUAAAUACAACCCUUGAGGAAGGAUUGUUUUUAACCCGGAGCUCUUCACCACCAGUGUGUGCAGCAGCACAGCACCGAGGGGAUGGAGGGCUUCACCUUCCCUUGCUUCAAGUGAAUGUCAAGAAAUCAGCCCAGGCUGCCCCAAAACACCCUCGUGGCAGCACUGGGGCCUGACAAGGGUUGGGACCACUCCCCUCCCUCCUAACACUGCCUGGACAGGAGAGCAGCCUCCAGCACCAGCCCUCCCUGGAAAACCCACUCAGCUGGAGCCAGAACGGGAUCCAGCUGCUCACUGAAGGGGAUUCCCUUUGGACUCUGAGGGGCUUUGCCAGAGCAACGUCACUGCCACUCUCAAAUCCCAAAUAAAACUCAGACCAAACUGUG